UGCUGGCUCCUGGUGUAGUUUCAGCCUCUAGAAAUCAUAAAUGAUGAGGCUUUGAUGGUUGCAGACCCACUGGCCCAUCUCAGGCCUUGGUCCUGGAUUCCUUGGAGCCUGACACAAUAGGAAGUAAUGUUGCCCGAGGGGUCAAACUCCAGACAGGUGAGGAUCCUCCCAUUGGGCAGUGCCUUCUUUCCCCAGGGAGGCAGGCCUCGCUGUACCCCUGGGUCUGAGGGAGGUGGGGGUGGCCUGAACUUCUGGGAGGAAAGACGUCUGGGGGCCAAGACUCCUGGGUCUGAGGGAGGAGGGCCUGGGGGGCUGGGACUCCAGGGAUCUUUGGGGAGGAGGUGGCUGUGGACUUGGAUUCUUGGGUCUGAGGGAUAAGACUAGAGGUGAGGGGUGGGGGAACUCCAAGGACCUUUGAGGAGGAAGGGGCCAGGGGCCUGGACUCUUGGAUCCCUGGUGAGGAAGGGGCUGAUUUUGGAAUUCCUCGGUCCCUUGGGGAGAACUAUGGGCAUGGAUUCUGGGGUCUGAGGGAUAAGAAGACUGGUGGGGGGCCCAACUCCAAGGACCAUUGGGGAGGAAGGGGCCAGGGACUGGGGGCCCAGACUCCUGGGUCCCUUGGGGAGGAGGGGGCCGGGGGCCCGGACACCUGGGUCCUGGCACCCACCCGUAGAACCGACCUUGCGGGGCCUUCGCCGCACACAAGCUCGUGUCUGUGGGUCCGUGUCGGGCUCACCAUCACAGCCGGGGCCUCCGGCCCUCCCUGCUCUCCCUGGCCCCCGUCUGUCCGUCUGUCUGUCCAUCCGUCCACCUGCCGCGCCCCCCGGGCUGAGGUAGGAGGUUGUAUAGUUGAGGAGGACACCCAAGGAGAUCACUAUACGGCCUCCUAGCUUUCCCCAGGCUGCGCCCUGCACGGGACGGGGGCCCAGCCGGGACCCCCUGCCCCUGGCUGCCCCACCUGCCGGGGCUCAGGGGUCUGCUGCAGGGACCCUGGGAGGAGGAGCUUGGCUGUCUAUUCUGUCCUCUCCCUGCAUCCCUUCCUCCUUGCGUAAAGUUCUUUCCUAUCAAGCCAUCGCCAUUUUGCUUUCUCUGUCUCCCCAUUUCUGUUGUGUGUCUCAGUCUCUUGCCCUCAUAGCCUCUCAGUCUCCCUGACAGAGUCCACAUCUCCCUCCAUCUCUCUAUGUCUCUGUGUCUCUGUCUCUGGCACUCACUGUCUCUGCCUCUGUGCCCCUGCCUGUCUCUGACCUCACCCCGCUGUCCCUCGUGGCCACCCCACCCCACGCUGCCGGCUUCUGGGUCCCUGAGACCCUUUAACCUGUGAGGAUGUCCAGGGUCACAGGUGAGGUUCUUGGGAGCCUGGCGUCCGGCCCAACCACCAGCCUGGGGAUCACCAGCCUGACCCCCGACCCCUCAUAGCCUUCCCUCUGAAAACCCAGAUCUUGACGUUUGACCACCAGCCAAAGCCUGACCCCCUGACCCUACAUCCACUGGCCCCUCCCCCGCUAUGCAGUGACCUCACAAAAGUCACCAGCUUCUCUCUAGGUACUAAGCCCCUCGGCUAUGGCCCUGCUGGCCCCUGUGAGCAUUGUCCCAUCUGCGCUAGUGGCCCUGGUGGGCAUCAUGGCCCCUGCCUGGGCCUGCCUCCUCUGCUUCACGACCUACUCUGAGCGCCUUCGCAUUUGCCAGAUCUUCGUUGGGAUGGAGGAACCAGCGCUCGAGAAGUGUGAGAACGCAUUCACGGCUGCCUUCAAGGGCCUCAGCAACACAGAGAUCAACUAUGAUGAGAGAGGCCGCCUGCAUGACAUCUUUACCCAGAUGGCCCACUCCCUCCAGGAGACGGCUGCAGCCCAGAAGUCUUAUGAGGAGGUUUUCCAUGCUGCUGCCGAGGCCAUGAAGAAGGACAUAGCACAGCUUAAAGAAGCCCCGGACUGCAUCCCUCCCUGCGGGCUCCAGGAGGUCUCACGGCGCUUCCGCUGUCGCGGGUGUUACUCUACACUCUGCGACCUUCCUCUGGACUGCCCAGUUCAGGACAUGAAGGUGAUUCGGGGUGAUCAGGCUAUGUUCUCUUGCGACGUCAACUUCGAGCUUCCUAAGCAGAUCACCUAUUCCUGGAAGUUCGUAGGAGGAGGUCUCCGGACUCAGGACCAGACCUACUUCCGAGAGCUGGCGGGGGCCCGAGGGAACGUGGCGCGGAUCCGACCGGCGCAGCCGCAGCACCGCGGGACGUUCUCUUGCGAGAUCCUGCACGAACAGCGCCCCCUUGCGCGGCUCUACUUCUUUCUUAAUGUGACGGGCCCGCCCCCACGCGGGGAGACCGAGCUUCAGGUCUCCUUUCGGGAAGUGCUGCGCUGGGCUCCGCGCGAGAUGGAGAUGGUCGAGCCCUGGAGGCCGAGCCUGGGCGAGCUGCUGGCCACCCCCGGGGCUCUGACGCCGAGCAAUCAGUGCCUGCUCGCGGCCGCCGUGGCCUUCCUGUCAGCGAGUCUGGUCCUGCUCGGGUGGUGAGUCCUCGGGACCCCCCAGUCCCGGUAUCAGGCUCUCUUCUGCCUCAGACCCAAGAAUCCAGGACCCCAUCCCCUCCUCCCUCAGACCCGGGAGUCCAGGUCCCAGCUCCCUCCUCUCUCAGACCCAGAACUCUGGGCCGCUGGCCUCUCCUCCCUCAGACCCAGGAGUCCAGGCCCCCAUCCACCUUUGAGACUCAGGCGUCCAGGCCACCAGGGCCCAGAUUUCUGAUCCCCAACCCACCCCUCCCUCCACACACACAAGCCUCCUUGUUUCUCCAGGGUGUUCUUUAGGUGGUACUUCAGCGACAGCUAACAAAGAUAUCUGUCUUCCUACCUUGUCCCACUUCCAUCCCUCAAAUAAAGAGUAUAUUCUUCUGCUCCAGUUUCUUUAGUCUUCGAAAGCGGUCACUACUAUCAGGUGGAGGAGGAAGCAGCAUACCCCAAACACACUCAGGGGAAUCAUGGCCCCCAUAAUUACAGUAGUACCCACAGCUAGCACAGUGCUGUAGAGUCUCUAUGAGUCGGAGUUGACGGCAAUGGGUUUAUCACAGUGCAAGGUGCCUGGGUGGUGCAGUUUGCUCUUGGCUGCUAACUGAAAGGUUGGCUGUCUUAACCUACCCAGUGGCACCAUGGAAGAAAGGCCUGGCGAUCUGCUUCAGUAAUAUUACAGCCAAGAAACCCCUGUGGAGUGCAGUUCUGCUCUGUAGCACAUGGGGUCACCAUUGGUCACAAUCAACUCAAGGCCAUCAGAUUUGUUCGUGUUUUUAUAUCAUAGUGCAAGGUCCUGUGCUGAGGGCUUCAGGUCCAAGCCCAGACCCUCCCCAUAGCCCCAUAGCAAGAUUUCUGACAGUCCCUUUGACAUUCCCUCCUGCAGAAGACACUCUCAAAUAGAGUCCUUGAUGCCUCCCACACACACACAAAAAAACAACUUUCCUUCCCUGUUAUGGAUUGAAUUGUGUCCUCUAAAAAUAUAUGUGCUUGACUGCUAACCACAAGGUCAAUAGUUCAAACCCACCAGCUGCUCCACUGGAAAAAGAUGUGACAGUCUGCUUCCAUAACGAUUACAGCCUUGGAAAUGGUACAGGGGCAGUUCUGCUCUGUCCUGUGGGGUUGUUCUAAGUUGGAAUUGACUCAAUGGCAGUGGGAUAUAUCAAGUUAUAUGAUGAUAAGGAGCCCUGGUGGUGCAAUGGUUAAGCAUUCGGCUGCUAUCCGAAAGGUUGGCAGUUCAAACCCACCCAGUGACUCUGCAGGAGAAAGGCAUGGUGAUCUGCUCCUGUAAAGGUUAACCAGUUGCUGCCCUGAUCAAAAAACUGUAUCCUGAGUUUUUCCUGUUACUCCCAAGUUGAUCCUUGUCUUAGUCAUCUAGUGCUGCUAUAACAGAAAUACCACAAGUGGAUGGCUUUAACAAGGAUAAAUUUAUUCUGUCACAGUCUAGUAGGCUACAAGUCCAAAUUUAGGGUGUCAGCUCCAGGGGAAGGCUUCCUGUCUAUGUUGGUUCUGGAGGAAGGUCCUUGCCCUCAGUCUUCCCCUGGUCAAGGAGCUUCUCAUCAUGGAGACCCCGGGUCCAAAAACCACGCUAUUCUCCUGACUCUUGUUUCUUGGAGAUGUGAGGUCCCCAUGUCUCUUUGCUCGCUUCUCUCUUUUAUAUCUCAAAAGAGACUGGCUCCAGACAAAGUCCAAUCUUGUAGAUUGAGUCCUGCAUCAGUAACACAACUGCCGAUAAUCCCAUCUUAUCAACAUCACAGAGACAGGAUUUACAGCACAUAAGAAAAUCACAUCAGAUGACAAAAUGGUACACAAUCACACAGUACUGAGAAUCAAGGCCUAGUGAUACACAUAUUUUGGGGAGACACAGUUCAAACCAUGACAAUCCUGAACUGUAACCUGUUAAAAAAAACAUAAACUCCAUAAUCAUGAGUAUGGUCUGUGAGUUCUCUGUGGCUACUGCAAAGCAUCGUCAAAUGCAGCAGAGGAGUGGCAAC